AGGGGGUUCACUGUGCUGGCGUAGAUGCCCAACGUCAGGUAAACUAUAAAGUUACGAGCAGCUAACGCUCUUGCGGAAGACGCCCACUCUUUAGCCGAACCCACCUGACCUUACGUGCAUGCGAGACGCAUGCGCCAACGCACAGGUCCACGCACAGGUCUCACUCUCAUCUCACAGCGGCCGAGUUUAUUGGCCAUAUGCGCAAUGCACUAACCACGGACACCGUCAAGGUCUCUGCAUCUGCACCGCCAGUCGGCUGGGUAGUUUACACGACGUCAACUGUGCGGUCUGUGAUCCAUGGUCCGGUCAGCGCUCGACAACCGUCGCAUGUCCCGGAAUUCCCCGCGAAAUUGGUGCAAUACUGUUCGCCAGAAGAUGCGCUGCAUAAUGCUGCGCCGAAUGGAAGUCCGCAGGUGAGUACUUUGUCAAUAUGUUCAGGCUGUACUUACGGCAUGUAGUAGUACAGGAAUGGCGGUCUCGGUAGCAACAGGUGUGAAUAUGCAAUGAAGGGAAAUAUAUGUCAGCUCCAGCUCUCGCCGCCAACAACGCUACCCGUUGGCAACCGAACCACCACUCGGGACUAGCGCGACGGCGGCACGGUUGCGCAAGUCUCAUCACAAAACGUAGAUAGUGCGUGAUUCUCAAAAGUAUUUCGGUAGCAGAAAGGGGGCGUGAUCGCCAUAGCUAAUCAAAAAGUGAGUCGCAAUUGAGCGUAGCA